AUGAAGGUCUCCGCUGUCGCAGGAUCCCUGCUCCUCUCCGGCGCUGCCAUGGCAGUUCCUCUGUCCGAGGCAAACCUGGCUCGUCGUGAAGCCAACCGCGAGGACCGUGCUUCGCACAUGAACAUGCGCAUUGAGAAGCCCAACUCCCAAAAGAGCGCCUUCACUGCCGAUGAGUCCUACUCCACCAACUGGGCCGGUGCCGUCUUGAUCGGUGAUGGCUACACCACCGUCUCCGGAACCUUCGUCGUCCCCUCGGUCAGCGUGCCCAGCGGUGGUGAUGACAGCACCCAGUACUGCGCUGCUGCCUGGGUGGGCAUUGACGGUGACACCUGCAGCUCUGCUAUCCUCCAGACCGGUGUCAACAUUUGCAUCCAGAACGGCGAGAUCACCAACACUGCCUGGUACGAAUGGAUCCCCGCCGCCCAGUCGUACUGGACCACCGGUAUCACCAUCAACACCGGUGACACUAUCACCGCCUCUGUCACUGCCGACAGCACCACCAGCGGCACUGCCACUGUCACCAACGAGUCCAGCGGCGAGUCCGUCAGCUUCGACUUCACCGACCAGCCAUCCACCCUUUGCCAGACCAACGCCGAGUGGAUCAUGGAGGACCUUACUGGCGGCGGUGGCCUGUUGCCAUUUGCCAACUUUGGCUCUGACUUUGCUUUCUCCGGCGCCUCUGCUGUCACUGGCGGAAACACUGUCGACACCACCGGUGCUACCAUCAUGGACAUCAGCCAGAACAACGUCGUCCUCACCUCGACCACUGCUUCCGGCGGUGAUGUUGCCGUCUCCUACAUUGGCGCAUAA